GAGCGGUAUUUGAAUAGUGGCGCGUUUGUUAUGAGCAUACAGCUUGCUUGCACAACAGCUAGUCAGUGUGAGAGUCGCAGUGGUUUAAGAUUAAGAUUAGACUAACUAGUUUAAGGCUUUUGCCCUUCCUCUUGUAUAGCGGUUUUUACUUGAUUAGUUUUCUUACCUUUGCCGUAAAAGCCAACGCAGAGAAAAUGGCUUUCGCACGUCGCGUUGCUAACAGAGAGGUUGAUAAUGCCCUCCUUGUCAAGGCCAAGGCUCCCAUGGGAACUAGGAGGCCUGCCCUAGAAGAGAUUUCAAGUAACAAGUUUGCAACAAAGGCACCACUCAUCAAGAAAACUGAGCGAGUCUAUGCUCCUGCAGUAAAAGCAACCAGGCCAGCAGGCACCAAGCCGCCUGCUAAUGUUGCACCUCGGAAACAACCUGCUGCAGUGGAGAGAGUUCCAGUUUCUCCGCCCCCAAUGGAUGUCUCCAUGAAGGAGGAGGAAUUGUGCCAGGCUUUCUCUGAUGCCAUGUUGGAUGUAGAUGACAUAGAUGCUGAUGAUGCAGAAAACCCCCAGCUCUGUUCAGCAUAUGUAAAAGAUAUCUAUCAGUACUUAAGGCAAAUUGAGGUGCAGCAGUCUAUCCGUGCCAGGUAUCUUGAAGGUCAGGAAAUUAAUGAGCGUAUGCGUGCCAUCUUGGUUGAUUGGCUGAUUCAGGUCCACUCAAGAUUCCAGCUGCUGCAGGAAACUCUCUACAUGACUAUUGCUGUAAUUGACAGGUUCUUGCAGGUCCAGCCCGUUUCUCGCAAAAAGCUUCAGUUGGUUGGUGUGACGGCCAUGUUGGUUGCUUCAAAGUAUGAAGAGAUGUAUGCUCCUGAGAUCGGAGACUUUGUUUAUAUCACAGAUAAUGCUUUCUCCAAAUCUCAAAUCCGUGAAAUGGAAAUGCUCAUCCUGAAGGAGCUGAACUUUGAGUUGGGACGUCCACUUCCCCUGCACUUUCUCAGGAGGGCUUCAAAGGCUGGCUGUGCUGAUGCUGAGAAACAUACUCUAGCAAAGUACCUGAUGGAGCUAACCCUGCUGGACUAUGACUUGCUGCACCAACACCCUUCUGAGAUAGCAGCUGCUGCCCUUUGCUUGUCGCAGCUUCUCUUGGAUGGAAGCAAAUGGUCCAUGGCUCAGCAGAGCUACACUGGCUAUUCGGAAGAGGAUCUAAAGUCCAUAAUGCAGCAUAUGGCCAAAAAUGUGGUGAAAGUUAAUGAAGGCCUGACCAAGCACACAGCUAUCAAGAACAAAUAUGCAAGUAGCAAAUUAAUGAGAAUAAGCGCUAUUUCACAGCUGAAGUCUCCUGCCCUCAAGGCACUUGCUGCACCACUACUUGGCAACAUCUGAUAGGUUAUUCUGUGAAAUCAACUACUGUUUGCACUUUGUCAACCCAAAAGCCUGAAUGGGCAAUGCUGCUGCUUUCUGUAAAUUGUUUUUAUGUAUUUUAAUUCAGUUCUUGGAUUGUUAUUUUUGUUUGUACAAAAAUAAAGUAACUUUUUUUAAGUAAGGACCACUUCUCUUGCGGGGUGGGGGUUGUCCUAGGAAAGAGUUAUCCCUGAUUCUAGGGAACUUGUUAUACUGAGUAAUUGAGUGGUUCACAGUAAGGUGUAAAAUUUCAGUUUACACUAACUGUAAUCUACAAUCGCAUGUUACAAAUUUAGUAGCAGUUUUCACUUGAUGUUGAUUUUGACUAAGGUUGGAAAGGGCAUUGGAGGAUAAGUGAGUAAUGUUUGAACUGCAUUAGUUUAAGCCAAGGUAGCUUCAUUCAGUCUCAGUGCAGUAAUUUAAUAAAUGCGCUUCAGCCCUUGCAUUAUCUAGGGCUUCACUUAACUUUUUUUUUUUUUUUUUAGGGGGGCAGGACUUUUGCACUUUAAUGUUACUGUAAUUUCAAAUGCUUGGAUAUCUUUGUUGCAAUAUGUAUUGUAAUUGAACAGUAUUAACACUUCUACAACAAUCUUUCACAGGCACAUUCUACUGGGGUUUGUGUAGGUGUGCAUUUUUACCACAAUUUGCAAUGUGGUCAUUCUUAACUAAUAGUUUUGAGUCUGAACAAACCUAAUUGCAGUUGUCCUACAUAUUCAAUAGAGAUGUAGGAAUUUGCUGCCACUUGGCAGUUGGGUUGAAAGUUCAGAACAGAUUAGGUCAGGAAAGAGAGACAUUGCCUGACUGCACUGGUGUAGUUUUAAUUUUUACAUGUCUAAAUGGAAGAGGUGAAUUGAGUAACUAUUUCUGGUGUUGACUAGCUGUCCACCAAGUUGU